AUGUCUAAACGGAACGCUUGGUCACGAGGGGAAACAUUCGAAAUGCUAGACAUUCUCCGGACGUGCUGCAUUCCCUUUCUGGACGGUACGAUCAACAACCGGAAGGGCCAAAUGUAUCGCCAGAUCGAGCACGAAAUGCAGCGGCGCGGACACUUCACCAAUCGGGACGCCCGGCAGAUAGAGCACAAGUGGAAAAACCUCAAGUUUAGCUACGACCGAUACAAGCUGGAGAUGUCACAGUGUAGAAAUAACGAAGGCAAAGCGUGGCUACCGGAACUGAAGCCGUGCGAAUUCUACAAAGAGCUGGAGGACUUGUUCACUGCGGUGGAUCAGCGGCUUGCGAAGAAUCCGACGGAAGAAUCGUUCGAGACGUACUACGAAGAAGAGUUUGUUACCGACGAAACGCAGGAACUGGCGGUGGAUGACGAUGCGGUUGUAAUUGAAGAGAUUGUGUACGAUUCACAGGAUGCGCUUGAGUUCGAGGAAGCCGCAGUCGCUGCAAGCAGUUCCAAAGGAGAGCAACAAUCGUCCGCAGAACCACCCGCACCGACACAACUUCCAUCACCGCCCGCCCAGAAGCGUAAGAAGCUAACGGCGGAAAACAUGGACGGACUGUUGGUAACGAUCUGCGCACUACAGCGAGACCACAACAAUUACUUCAACCGCUGCCAGAUGGAAUUCAUCGAGAAUGAGUUCGAAUCGUUCCGGGAGAAGGAGAAGGAACAUUUGCUCCAACUCAAACUCGAGCUGGAGGUGUUGAAGCAGAAGUUUUUGGCCCGAAUACAGAAGAUAGCCAGCGGUGAUGGAACGGUCGAUACGGGCGGUGAUGAACCGGUUGCAAGCGAAUCGAAACGACGUCGGGUUGCUGUUGCUAGGCGAAAAUAA